GAGGGGAGGGUUCCCGAAUUGCUCUGCUCUGCAACCCCCACCAUCCCCCAGGGUCUCCUGGCAACCUGCUGGAAUCCUGCGGGUGGAAAGGAUUGUGAUGCCCGCAGCCCUUAGAGUGGGGCCGUCCCAACCCUGGCGAAGAGCAGCUGUGAGCGCUGGGCCGGAGAUGAGGCUGUGCUGCACUGCCAACCCCAAGCAGAAGCAGAGCUGACUCCCGUGCCAUGACGCCCAGCCGGGCCCGGCCCGCUCAUGCCAUUGCCCACUCGCACGCUGUGGGCCUCUACUACGCACUCACGGAGCGCACGGAGCUCCCUGACCCGCUUCCCGCCCGCGAGGACCCCGCGCGGCCGCCAAACCCACCGGGCGUGGCCGGGUUGCGGAACCUGGGCAACACGUGCUACAUGAACGCCGUCCUGCAGUGUCUGGCAAGCGUGCCGCCGCUGGCGCAGUACUUCCGCUCGGGACAGUAUGUCACCGCACUGCGCAAGGACUGCAGGGAGGUGGCCACGGCCUUCGCAUACCUGCUGACAGACAUGUGGCUGGGCGACGCCGACUGCGUGUCCCCAGAGGAGUUCCGGGCAGCGCUUGGCCGGCUGCACCCGGACUUCACGAAGAGGACGCAGCAGGAUGCACAGGAGUUCCUCAUUUACGUACUCAACGCGCUGCACGAGGCACUGAGGAAGUACCAUCAAAGGUCGGGUGAGAAAAGAUCUACCCAAAGAUGCUGCAGCAGAGGGAUUGCCAGUGAGACAUCCAUCAUCACCCAGCUUUUUGAAGGGCAGCUCAACUACAGCAUCAUGUGUCUGAAGUGUGAGAACUGCAGCUACAGGAAUGAAGUCUUCACUGUCCUUUCUCUCCCCAUCCCUUCCGAGUAUGAAUGCACCCUUCAGGACUGUCUGCAGUGCUUUUUCCAGCAAGACACACUGACCUGGAACAACCAAAUCCAUUGCUCCUUUUGUGAAACGAAGCAGGAAACAGCCGUGAGGGCCAGUAUUUCCAAACCACCAAAAACCAUUAUUUUUCACUUAAAAAGGUUUGACAUUCAGGGCCAGGUGAAGAGGAAGCUGAGAACCGACAUUCACUACCCGCUCACUAACCUGGACCUCACACCUUACAUCUGCCCCGUCUUCCGGAAGCACCCUAAAUACAACCUCUGUGCGGUGGUGCAGCUCUGGCGUCCAUCCCUUCCCUGAGUGUCGUACAAGGUCUGAUAAAAACAUGGGGUCUGCUGCUGCCAAGCACCAUGGACAGAAUGGCAGCGGCUGGUGAAGACAGGAAGCACCCCAUCCACUUCGUGCAGCAGAUUUGGCCUUGUGUGACCUCCAGCUCUUCUCAAAAUCAGAAUGACAACAGAAUGUCAAAGUUUUGACUCCUUCAGGACAUCGAGGCAGCCAUGACCGUGCAGCAGAAGACAGCUGUCUUGUUACAUUUCUUCCUGCUGCAACAAAAUACCUAGUGCCCACAAGUCACAGGAAGAAAAGUCUGUUUAACUCCCAGUUUGUGGAGGUUUCAGUCCAGAGUCAGCUGGCUCCAAGGCAGGGGGCUCGGCAGGGCUGGCAGGAGGUGGAGGCGGCGGUGGCGGCAGCAGCAGCAGCAGCAGUGAGCCUGCCUUCCUCUUCUUCUGUCCAGGCUGUAAACUCUGUGGGUGGUGCCACUCACACCCAGGGUGGGGCUCCCGCUGUCCACACCCACAACUGUGCUAAGCCACAUGCUGGACCACAUUCACACCGCCUGGAUCCCGCACCCUGUGAGAAGCGCCACCUGUGAGCCCUGAGGCUCUGGGGAGCAUCCUGGUGUAAACCAUCGCCGCACUCAGGAAAGGACUGCAGAAGGGCUCGGAAAUUGGCAGGAACCAUGGGAUACAUGUGCUUGAAGUGGGGGGUAUUCCCAGGGUGAUUAAUGGCACUGUGUCUACUGUAAUAAUUUCUAAAAAUUAAAUAGCCACUGUUUUUUUUUUUUUACCACAAUUCUUAUGUGGCUCAUAGCUGACAAGUGCUUGCCCAUAAGUUAUCAAAACCCAUUUUCUUAAGCUACA